AUGGCAACCUCUAGCACAUCCCCAAGCAUUCCAACGAAAAGGAAGAAGGUUGUUGUAUCAAUGGAGCAGAAACUUGAGGCAAUCAAGAGACUGGACAAUGGAGAGACAUUGCAGAAGGUAGCAGAUGACUAUGGCGUUGGAAGGUUCAGAGACAAAGGUGUGCCUAUUUCAGGACCUAUUUUGCAGCAAAAGGCAUUGCAUUUUCAAAAGGAAUUUGAUGAAGGGGACCUAGGUUUUACAGCCAGUGUUGGUUGGCUUGACAGGUGGAAGAGACGUUACGGAGUCUGUCAGUUAUGUAUCUGUGGAGAGAAACUAUCAUCUGAUUUUCAAGAGAUGGAGACAUUCAAGAAAAAAUUUCUAGACCUUGUUGAAACUGAAAGCCUAACGGCCGAUCAGAUAUUUAAUUGUGAUGAGACCGGCCUCAAUUACAAACUGUUACCCAGUAAGAGCCUUGCAUCCAGAACUGAAGCAACAGCUCCAGGCUACAAGCAUAGUAAAGAAAGGCUGACAAUUUUAGCAUGCAGCAGUGCAUCUGCAAACCUCAAAAUGGACCUUGUACUGAUUGGGAAGUCCAAAAAUCCAAGAGCCUUUAAAAGCAUCUCAAAGACUGUUCUUCCUGUGAAGUACUACAGUCAAAAAAGUGCGUGGAUGAGCAGAGAAAUUUUCAAAGAAUGUUUUUUUAAAGAAUUCGUUCCUUCCACGGAGAAAUUUUUGAGAGACAAUGACCAUCCCAGAAAAGCAGUUUUGUUGCUAGACAAUGCCCCAACACACCCUGAUGCAGAGGAGCUUCAAGAUGGGAACAUUAAGGCUAUGUUUCUCCCACCUAAUGUCACCGCCAUAUGCCAACCGAUGGAUCAGGGCGUUUUAGAAACGCUAAAAAGGAACUAUCGCAGGAAGUUGCCGUCAACACUGAUAGAAGAAUCUGAGGAAGGGCAAGACAUGAUUGAAAGACUGAAACGCAUCAAUUUAAGGAUGUUGCUUAUUGGGUUGCAAGGGCUUGGGUUGCUAUGCGAGAAUGAAGAAGAUGAUGAUGAAAUUAUGGGAAGCACAGAUGAAGACAAAGAAAGCAUUCUACCCUUAGUACACCGUAUCCCAGGUUGUGUGGAUGUGUCUUCUCAUGAGGUUGACAGCUGGAUGAAAGAACACGAUCAAUAUGAAAUCACUGAUGAAGAAAUUGUUGCUCUUGUAAAUAGUGGUGAUGGUGAUGGUGACGAAAUAGAAAUUGAUGAGCAAGCAUCAUCUGUUCAACCUGUCACAAUCUCACAUGGCGAUGGGGUUAGGGCUCUAGAAACUGCAAUGAAGUACAUCGGGCAACAAGAGGAGGCUACGGGGAUGGACAUUAUGAUGCUGCAAAGAUGGCGAGAUUUGGCUGCAAAGAAACAUCAAUCCUCAGGAAAGCAGAAAAAGAUCAGUGACUUUUUCAAAGUGUCAGUGGACUGA